AGAAAGAGAAGAAGAACGCUCCGCCUACUCCGGGUAGUUAUCAAUAGAGAUAGAGAAAGAGAAACUAUCAAUAAUCAACUAACUAAAAGAAAUAUUAUCAGAUCUUAAUAUCUCUCGGUGGGCUUUAAACUUCUUAUUUAGUCUGUUCUUUGUCUGCUGUAACUAGUCUGGCAUUUAGCUUGUGUGGAGGAACAGGAAGUAUUGAAAAACAAAACAAAGCAAAACAAGGAAGUGCAGGCUGCGCAGCACUGCAACAUUACAGCUCCGUGACAACAGAAAUAAAGAUAAAGAAAGAGAAGAAGGGGAAAAAAGCAACAGCACGUAUGAUUAUACGUGUUCACAAAGAGACGAAGGAAACAGAGAAAGUUUUAGGCUCAAACCAAGACACUCACUAAUAUCCUCAUCUUCCAUCGCCAUGGAUGCAUCUGAAGGAUGCUGGAACAGCUGCUUGAACGAGGACGAUUUGCCACAGAUGGAUGGCACAUGUGAUGCGUGUGAACCAGACGAGCCUCAGUCAGCUGCCUGGAUGUGCACACUCUGUCGCUUCGCCUUCUGCACCAGCCAUGCAGACAAACAUUCACAAAGCACUGGUCACCAACUCCAGCCGUACAGCUCCCCAGACCCUCAAGCAGAGAGUGGGCCGUUGAAAGACUGCCAGGGGUCUGAAAACACAUCAGAGGGGGCGGAGGCCAGCAAUAAUGAUGAGCAUAAACCAGCUAAAAGAGACACUGUGACAGUGGAGAGGCUAAAAUGUAAGGAGCAUGGUCAAGAGGGUUCGCUCUACUGUAAACACGACCAGCGGAUCAUUUGUGUGCUGUGUGCUGUGCAGGGAGAGCACAGAGAACAUGAGAUUAUCACUCUUAAAGAGGCCUACAUGUGGCAGAAGAGCAAAGAAGGCAUUGACCUGCUGGAGCGCACACAUGAAAUAUCAGAGAAGAUCAAGGCCAAAUGGAUCAGCCCAGAUAUGAGUGUGGAAGAGCUGGAGCAGUAUGUGAACCAGCAGUUCGAUGAGCUGAAUAGGCUGGUUCGCCUGGAGGAGUGGCGUGUCCUGCACCUGGUGGAUUUAAAGGAGGCGUUCCUCACUGCCCAGGCUGCUGAGAAGAUAUCUGAGAUUAGUGUCCACACUGAAAAACUACAGGAGGAGAUGGAUUCUGUCACACAACAGCUGAGUGAACUGGAUCAAAUCGAGCAGAAUGGAGUCGCCCCUAUGCACCUGGCCCCACUGCUGGCCGCCAGACCACCACAUCCACCUGAAGCUCUUGUGGAGCCCAUGCCACUGAAUCCUGAUUUGAGGCUAAGAGCAGCCAAUCAAAGGAGGGACCCAGAAGAUCAUUCAGCAGAUGAAGGAAGAGAAGAUGCAUACAUUGGACAUGCACCAUAAACUACUCUUUCAUUCUCCUUUCAUAAAUUCACUUAACUGCGAUAAAAAAUAUAACUCAUCAAUUCUUAUUUUGAAUACUUGCCGCUAUUAGAACCAGAUAAUUUCCUUUCUAAUGAAAGGUAAUAAAAUAAUAUGUAAAAACUGGGAUGGCAGGAAGAACUCUGAAACACUAAAUUCCAAAAGAAUAUUUUGCCUGUUAUGUGUAUUGUGUUAAAUAAGUUCUGAUUUGAUUUUAAGGAUAAGAUUUUAAGCAAGUGUUUAACAAUUUAAACCAGUGACCAUAUUGUUGUUGUUGUUGUUUUAUUUUUUAUAAUUUUUUACACUUGCUUGUUAAAAUACAUACCACUCAAGUUCAAUUGUGCGUUCCAUGAAAUGUGGUCUCAUACCAUCCACAGUGACCUUCAUGUCAUCAUGCUAUACCUUGAUUCUAUUUGAGCUUAAACCUAGAAGAAUAUAUAUUUGGCCUAAGUGUUUUUUUUUUUUUUUUUUUUUUUUUUUUUACUUUUUUAUGCAUUGCUUCUACUCCAUUUUUUUAUGAUUUUUGUUUGGCAGAAAGAAAUGUACAAUUCCCUGGAUCACUCCUGCCUAGUAUACCAAAUAUGUUUUAACUGUUAUCCUGAUUUGGCUUAGUAUGUUGUGUAAUUGACUGCAAUUGACUUGUACUGAAUGCUUUUUAUCUUCAUUGGAGUGACCUUCAAGUCUCCUAUUUUAAAUGCAUGUAUCAUUCUCUCAGUGAUUUUCUGCAUUAGUAGAUUUCUCUUUGAUAUCUAAACUAUGCUUUGCUAAGGGGAAACAUGGCAUUAUAUUUUUUAUAUGGUCUUUGAUAGUGUGCAGGAGGACACUGACCUCUGCAACAGUUAAAUUGGUUAUACUGUACCCAUUUUCUCCUGCUUUUGUUUAGUUUAAUCUGUAAAGAAAUAAAGAAAAAAGGUUAUUUU